AUGUUCCCAUUUUCCGCUGGAGAUAAUUCAUCUCACCUCUUGCUGUCACAUGAGAAUUCAUUGAAAUGGAAAGGAAUUUUUACAAAUGCAUUAAAAGGAGUCCAGAAGCAGGUACACAAUGGCCUUACUUCAAGAGAAGAUGCCUUGGACUACAUAGAAACUUUAAUGGUUCGGCUGCUGAUCACACUGUGUUCAGCCCAGCCACACACCAAAGAAGAUGUUGACGAGAGGAUCAGCAAAACGUUCCCCGACCCCAUUGACAAGUGGGCUAUCCGGGAUGCUCAGAAUGCAGUCAGAGACUAUAAAAAAAACUGUAACAUCUUGCUGCCAGUGGACAAAAUAUUGCCUCUACUUAAGGAAGAACUGGGCUACAGGGUCGACUACUCCCUGGCAGUGUACAUUGUGGCAGUGUUGGAGUAUAUUGCCGCUGACAUCCUCAAAAUUUCUGGGAUUUAUGUGAAGAAUAUCAGACAUCAAGAAAUCACCUCCCAAGAUAUUAAAGUUGCAAUAUGUGCAGAUCAGGUCUUGUACGACAUGUUCUUCCAAGAGGAGGACCUGUCUGUCAUGGUGGAGGACGAGCCAGUCAGGAGAGAGAAGAUGACCUACGAAGAGAUCGUCAAAGAUCUUAUCAUGGAGGAAGUCCAGUACCUCCGAGAUCUCAACAUGAUUAUUCGUGUGUUCAGGGCACCUUUUGCAAAACUAUUUCCCCGGUCAAAGGACCUGGAUGUGAUCUUCAGCAAUAUCUUGGAUAUCUAUGAUUUCACGGCCAAGCUACUCAGCUCAGUCGAGGACCAGGUGGAGAUGGCCCAGGAUGGAGAUGUGCCUCUUGUGGGUGCCUGCUUCACUGACCUCACUGAGGGUGAGGAGUUUAGUGUCUAUGAGCGUUAUGUUGCUGACAUGAUGACCCCAAACGGAAAAGGCAGGUUGAAUGCUCUACUCACUAGAGAGGACGUCAUCCUGUUGUUGAAGCAAUCAGGAAAUGGAUUCCGUGAGGCUUUUAAAUAUGUCUUGCCAAAGUUAUUGAUGGGCCCUGUCUACCAUUGCUUGCAGUAUUUUGAAAUAAUCAAGGCUUUGAUAAGCACAAGUCCCAAUGAUGAAGACAGAGAAUGUUUAACUCAGGCUGAUGGUCUGCUACAGGCUCUGAAGGUUCGCCUGGAAAGACAGCUGGGAAAUGUUCCAAAAAGAAAAAAUUGGGAACUCUCAUUAAGAAUGCAUCCUCAUUCACGGUCGGCCACAGAGAAGAUGACUGAAAUUCAGAAAAGUAUUGAUGGCUGGGACGGCAAAGAUAUCAUACAAAUGUGCAGUAAAUUUAUCAUGGAGGGAACCUUGACAAAAAUAACUGGCCGGCGGGCUAACCCUGAACGAUACUGCUUUCUGUUUGAUGGCCUCAUUAUUCUGUGCAAGUUAAACCCCAGAGGCCGGACAUCAGUAAUGCCUUCGCUGGAGUAUAAACUGAAGGAGAAGUUCUUCAUUCGUAAGGUGGAGGUGGUUGACAGGGAAGAUACUGACGAUUUGAAGAAUGCAUUUGAAAUCCAUCCCCGUGAACACAUGCAUGUUGUGUUGCAAGCGAAAAGUGCCGAUGAAAAAACCAACUGGAUGGCUGCUCUCGUUGCUCUACAGACUAGAAGUAUGCUGGAGCGCAGCUUAGACAGCAAACUUCGAGAAGAAGAAAAGAACCAUCCCCUGAUUCUACCUCCUUCGGAUGAGUAUGAGUUUGCCGUGCAGGACUCGAACAAAAAUAUCAUCUUUGAAGAUAAUCAGGAAUCUUCGUAUGAGAGUCCUCUAAUCAAGGGUGGACAACUCAUCAAACUUACAGAGAGACUGACGUACCACAUGUAUGCAGACCCUCGCUUUUUACGCACAUUUCUUCUGACCUACCGUUCUUUCUGCACUCCCAAAGAGCUCCUGGAGUUACUCAUAAGGCGCUUUGACAUCCCAGAGCCCAAGUUUGAUACCAUGUCACUUCUUGAUGAUAACGCUGCCCUGAAAAUAAGAGAGGACUUGAAACGCUUCCGAAAUGAAUAUGUGAAGCCAGUUCAGUUCAGGGUGGUGAACGUUUUCCGUCACUGGGUUGAUCAUCACUUCUACGAUUUUGAGCGGGAUCGUGACCUGCUGGAAAGGCUUAAUGAUUUCCUGCGAACAAUCAAGGGCAAGGCCAUGCGAAAAAUGGCUGACUUAAUUUCCAAAAGUAUACAACGGAAGAGCUCAGAUUUUAAACAUUCUGUAUCAGUAGAGAUUCCAGCCUAUGACCACUGGUACAGCAGUCGGCUUCACCCAAUCGAGAUUGCCCGCCAGGUGACUCUGCUAGAAUUUGACCUCUACAGAGCCAUCAAACCGUCAGAGUUGAUUGGCAUGCCCUGGAUGAAACGGGACAAGCAGCAGACAGCACCAAACUUGCUCAAAAUGAUACAUUUCUCCACCAAUAAGGAGCGAGUAGCCGUUGUCUCCAGGGUCAUUGAGGUCAUGCUAGUGUUUCAGGAACUGAAUAAUUUCAACGGAGUUUUGGAGAUAAUUGGUGCCCUCAACUCAGCAUCUGUGUUCCGCUUGGAACAUACUAAAAAGGAGCUGGCUCACAAGUACCAGAAAGCAUUAGAAGAGGCCUCCGAGCUGAACAACGACCACUUCAAGAAGUAUAUAGAGAAGCUGCGGUCAAUCAACCCACCUUGUGUUCCAUUCCUAGGUAUGUACCUGACCAACAUCCUGAAGACAGAAGAAGGGAACCCAGACUUCAUGGCUAAUGCCCCUGAAGGCAUCAUCAACUUCAGCAAGAGGAGGAAGGUAGCAGAGAUCACCGGGGAGAUCCAGCAGUACCAGAACCAGCCCUACUGCCUGCACCCGGAGAACUCCAUCAGGGAGUUCUUCGCAGUGCUAGACCCUCUGAAGGAGAGGAGCAUGAGUGAGAAAGAGCUGGAGGACUACCUGUUCAAAACUUCAUUAGAGAUUGAGCCAAGAGAUGGCAAGCUCCCCAGAAAUCCCAAGAGAUUCCUAGACUACUCACUGAAGUCCCCAGGCAUCAAACCCAGCACCAACCGACAUGGAAGCAACAACAAGAGUAGUGCAAUACCUCCAUCGCUGCCCAAGAUGUCGGAAGAGGAUGACUCAUCUCAUUCAGUCUGCAAUACCCCGACCUCACCCAACAAACCACAGAGUCCUUCAGCUAUGGGAGGCAGUGUCAACAGUGUGUUUGUUAAUUCUCCUGAGCCAAGUUCCAGUCCUAGCCAGCCGAACCCGAUGCAUUUCCCAGCUUCUUCAACCAACGCGCACGAAGACAAGGAAAUCAGGCGUUCGCCGCCACCUCUCCCUCCUCGACGCAACACUGCACACCUGCCAGAACCGCCACCGACACCCCCUCCUAGAGUGGACAGUGAUCGACCACCUCCUGUUCCUCCUCGUCGGGACUCUAUGCCUUUACAUAAUAUCAACCCGUCUCUGGCCCGUUCUUUCAGUGUUUCACAUCCCCGCAAUUCUACAGAUACCCUGUUGUUUUCUGGUCACACCUUGCCUCGGCAGAAUUUUGAAAGGCACAGUUCCGAACGUAGCAUUCAGCUGAACCCAGUGAAUAUAAAUGGCAGCGAGGAUCAUGGGGACCGCCCCAGUUUACCCCCUCGGACAUACCUGGCUCAUCUUGCUCAUGCCAGAAAGCAGAGCAGCUAG